AUGGAUACUCUUGGUGAGGCUGAGGCUGAGGCUGAGGCUGGUGCUGGCGAAGCUUCCAACACGUCAACUCACACAAAUGAUAAUGCCACAACACCAACCUUUCGCGACUUCACACUGGACAACAGCAAAGUAUUGUCGCCGCCGAAAGGGGAAAGAACCAAAACGGACAUUGCCUUCGGGGACCAGGGCACAAUAGGGUAUAUCAGCGAGGAUGGUGAGCUCGUGAUGAUGACGAAAUACCUCGACGUCGGAAAUACUGGCAUGGUCACAGCUGCGGCACAAGUGUCCGAGGCUGUACUCGUGAUGGUACUGGGAGAACAGUUGAGCGCCACUGCUGGAGGCAUUGGAUUGCGCCCAUAUCAUUACAUCGACGAUCCCCGGGUCGAAUUCGUUCACGAUCGCUGGCCAAGGGUAUCGUUCAUCCUGCAAGAGAUUGCCCAAGUUACAGUCCAGUAUAUUGUCCAAGAUGGUUGUGUCAUCCAACAGUACGUUGUUAAGAGUUUGUCAGACGAGCCCCAAGAGCUGGUAUUCAGGAUCGACAUGGAUAUUGGUCUAUGGCCUACAUCGCACGUCAGGCAACAGUACGAUGUAUACGACAAUUCCGACAUGACUCUUGAAUCAGACCCUGAAGAUCCGGUUGUACGGCGCAAAGGGGAACCGAAGCCAAAGCCGGGUUUCGAUUUCCCAUCUCCCUCAAUCGGGGAAUUGGUGUUAAGCUUCGCCCUGUUCGAGGAUGGCAAGGCAAUAAAUGUUGAGUUCGAGUCCAGCAAUCUCUUUGCUUACUACACAAUCGAGCUCAGUGAAAACCAAACGCAUGAGCUGACAGCAAAGUAUCACUUGGGAGCGAAAGAAUCGGGCAUUGAGCCAGACGUAGAUAUACAGAAGUAUGUCGAUGUCUGCAGCUUCUUAACCCAAGAGAGCGAACAAUAUGGUUCUUGGAAUUGGGAUCCCAAAGACGUAUCCGGGUUUGUCUUGAGACGCACAUUAGAACACAUCCUUUCCGUAUGUGCGGUUCCGAUGGCCAGAGAGGGCGAGAAGUCGGCCUUGAUAGCGAUCACGGAUGGUGAGAUGCUUGAUCCCACACUUUUAUACAGCUCUCCGUUUAGGUUUCUCACCAGGAUGUCUGAAUUACUAAAAAGUGACACCAAAAACACUAUUGCGGAUCCGAAAUUGAAAGACUAUCUGCAGCGUCGCAUCAAGCAUACUUGCAUCGGCGCUCUGAGGUGGUGGUACGACCAUGCUGAAGUCGAUGAUGACGGCGGUUGGUUUCAAACUCCCUAUUUCAUUUCCGGCAAGAGGAUGCCUGGGCCACCAGAGCCCGGCCGGUUCCUUACGCCACUGAUUGAAAUGUUCCACGAAUUUAUCACAGCAUUCCCCGAAGAGCAAACACUCGUCGAGAAGAGCCUUCAGCAAAAGCAGGUUACCUGCUUCUUGGAAGGAGUGUGGAAGCAGCGACAUAAAGCUUCAAAACUAUGGAUCGACAAAGAAAUCAGCCACUCGAUUGAUUGGUAUGAUCAUGACUACAACGACAACAACGAAAUCAAGCUACCCCAUUACAGUCUCGUGUUUCUGAUAUGUCUUUGGAGGAGCCUUCGAUUUCUGCAAAAGAUUUGUGAGACCAGGGAGUUAGAAUCCACACCGAACAGAGGCGUCUCUAGCCGAAUCAAACUUCCUUCUGCUCCUCCAACACCAGCUGUAUCAACACAGAAAAGGAAUCUCUCGAUUACAAGUAUUGAUAUGGACCCAAGGCAACUCAUUGCCCAGGAGGGAGGUGGUAGUCACUCAGACCCAAAGAAUACUGAGAUGCAGGACCCGCUUGAGGAGCUCAACAAAAGAAUGAACGAGGAGCUAGAUGACUGUAGGAAGGAAAUUAAUGACUGUCUUCAGAGACUGGAUCCAGCUGCUAUUCGCUCCAAGAUAUUUGAGAGGUUCAUUUUCACCCCUCCAGCAACCAAUCCGGAUUCAGAUUCUCGAGGCGAGAACUCUGCUUGGAUAGCCGUGUGCCGGUCCGCCAGGUCACUGAUACCUCGAUCCGAUUUCCACAGAAGUGAUUACCGCCUCUCCGAUGCGGUCAACUGGGGCUUCUUCGAUGACGAGUCGGGGGGACUGCUUCCUGCGUGGGUUGAGACAGUCAAACUACAAGAUAAAACAGACAACGACUGGGACUCUCCAAUAUAUUAUGCAUUUGCAAUCUCUCGAAGUGAUCAGGAACAUUUAGAUAGUGGAAGCGAUCCUACCGGCGAGGGUGGAAAAAACUCGCUUGCUGCAAGAGAUGGGUCUAUCCUUGAUGGCAAGCAACAGAGGUCGACGAAUUCAACACUUGAACGAGACAAAAGCGUGACCGAUACUUCAGGAGGCUCAGAGUCCUCAAGUAAAGUCGUCACAUUUGAGGAUAAGGACAAGGAGAGUCCGUCUAGGGUACAGUAUUUUCGACAUACGCUAUUGCGAUCCGCACUCUCCAGUGGUCUACUUGCGCAUGACCUCGAUGUUUCCAGGAGACCCGUUCAAGUGGUCUAUCCCUUUCAGCCAGAGCUUCGGUACGAAGCCGCCUACCGUCUUUUGGCUUCUGACUUUAAAGCCAUUCUACCGCGAACUCAGAAACUCGUCGUGAGCCGCUUGGAUAUAUUGGAGGUUGACAAAGACGACAAGCAAACGAGGAGAGACAAAGAAGAUCUUUCCGAAGAAAGGCGAAAAGCCCUCAAGAGAAAGCGGAAAGCCAGAACUGGCAAGAUGCCCAUAAUAUCACAAGCCGGUGAAAAGCGCAUUGUGGAGUACCCUGAGCUUGAAUGGCUUUACCAUGAAAUGCCAUGCUUUCGAGAGCGCGAUAAGGUCGACAUACGCGGCCAAGAGUCGUCCCCGUCAGAUAGAGCACUUCCGAAGACCCUCAGAACGGAGCUCGAAAAGCUCAGAAAACUGACAGUCCAGAACGAAGGUGAGGUCGAACAACCGACGGUGGACGACCUAAAGGCGCUCGCAAUCGAUGUACGCAGAAAUACGAACAUGAGAGCCGUUCCUAACAUGAAACAAUUGUGGAAAGAAAGCCUCUUGAAAGAUUCCUCUGAAUUGGAUAACUUUCUGAGAGACACAAGGACUAGGGAUGAGGCCAAGAAGCGGUUGAUUAUGCUAUAUUCGCCAACAAACUACUCCGUCUUGGUGGUGUAUGCGCGCUGCCCGCCUUCAGAGCAGAGCUCGAUUGCUCGUUUUAUUAAACGUCAUGCGAAGUUCUCAAACAUGGCUUCAAAAGCAACCAGCCGGCUUGCGAACCUUUGGACGACAGAGCUUCACAUUAGCUUUUUCAAAAUAUUCUCGAGAGAAAUUACUUUGGACAACCAGGAGGCUGAAUUUGUGAACCUUUCAUCGAAUUACCGGUUGGAUGGUCCAUCUAAAUCACAUUUUCUCUGUAGGGCUACGAGGAGCUUUCGAACAGUGGGCGAUAUGUACGACAGAUCUUGGACGUGCUGGGUCUUGUCUGCAGUCCCUGAAGAGAAGACAGACAGUGAUGAAGAGGUAUCGCCUUGGGAAUAUUCCAGCGACGACGAUUCCGCCGGAGGAAAGAAGCUUCCCUGGAAUAAAUGGAUGUCAAUAGCGAACGACGAAUUCCACCACCAGAGGACGGUGCUCGAGAUCCGACUGUUUGAGAAAAUCGCCAAAGAGGCCCUCGCAAGCACCAAAGCGGUUCUUCAUACCGUGGAUGAGUAUCUCAAUCACCAGGUCAUCCGUUUCCCUCCAGGGGCUUCCAACUCUUCUUUCAUCUUUGGGAGCAAACGUAACCUCGAGAUGUACGCUCAGAUCAUUGCUCUCCUUAAGGGAUUUCAGAACAACUCCGAAGCCAUCAACAAAGCAGCGAAAGACUGGAACGAGGGAGGACCACAAGCUUCAGAAAAGCCACGGUGGUCAAAAUCCGACGAAGCCAAGUACGGGACGAAGCUAAGUCAAGAGUCCGGGCGCAGUCGUCGAACUAUUGACGAUCUGCUAGAGCAGAGCGAAAAGAUACGGAAUAAGAUCUUGGAGGUUGAACGGGCAAACGAAAGGACCAUAUCUGAACUCUCGGUGAACCUCACCAUCGUUCAGAGCCGGACAGAUGAAAAUGUGCGCCUUUUCACCUACGCAACCGUGAUUUUCCUUCCUUUGGGCUUCUCGUCGAGCUUAUUUAGCAUGGGAGGAUCACCGUCUCACACCACGAUUCGGGCUUUUGCAGUGACUGUAUUCGUCGUCCUCGUCGUUACCGUGAUGAUGUUGAUGAACGUGAAGAGUUUCGCCUGGGGCGCCCAAGAACUCACCGAUUCAUUCAUCGACGGCACGCAGGGCAGAAUGGAGAAAAGCACGAAUGUCUUCUGGGGAGGCAAGGCAAAGGCCCUCAAGGAGCAACGGCUUCGCGAAGAAGGGUACCUGCAGUCCCAGUCACCAGAGAAGGACUCGGAGAAGAGGUCCGGAAAGAGCUCGAAGUUGCCGGUCCCCGAGACCGAAAAGCCGCCUCCGAGCAAGCUCUGGUACCUUGGCUUCUGGGCAUGGUCCUGCUUUGCCAUCGUCAUCCUGCCUGUGACCUGGACGUCGCGUGCUCUGACGAAGCUGAAACAAGCCAGCGGACGGGAAAAGGAAGAUACGAGUGACAAUGGUGAUAGCGAUGAAGAAAUAGAAGGGAAUUCUACUAAUUCUGACGCCCCGAGCAGCAGGCAUAUGGGUCCGAUGGGACGCGACCGCAGAUUUCCGAUCAGGAGGAUGCUUCGCAAGGACAACUCGAAGACCGUGGUGACGACUGAGAUUCGAUCCAAGGCCAGCUCCUCGCCUCGGUCCACCGAUCAACAGCAAGAGGUUGACAUCGAGGCUCAAGCGUCGAGGGGAGCCAGCAUCCAUUUUGCUGAAUGA